AGGUAGCGUAUGCCCAGUACUGUACCGUCCAUCAGCCACCAUGGAACGUGACCGCAGCAGCUCGUACGUAGCAGCAGCCCUGCUGCUGGUUUGCAUUUCGCUCGCCUCCGCGCCACGCGGCACCGAGGCCAACAUCUUUGGCGGCAAGCUCUACCAGAAAGCCCAGCAAGACUGCAUACUGUUUAUGGGUAUCAAUCCGCUCCGAUUGGACCAGUACAAAAAGUUCGUGUAUCCACCGGACCGGGACACGAUGUGUCUGAUCCGCUGCAUCGGCAUCUCGCUCGACUUCUGGGACGAUAUCUUAGGGUUCGACGUGGACCUGGCGGAGCAAGAGUUUAGUCCGCUAGUUGACGCCACCUUCAAGAAGUAUCUGGCCGGCAACAUUACGCUCAAGCUGGAGCUGCUCGAUCCGCUCGACAACUGUGCCCGGGCGUACUACGCCUUCCGGACGUUCCGUGCGCAGAUCCGUCAGUUUAUCGGCACGGGCACCACCACCAUGGCACCGAGCGUUAAUUUCCAACCAUUGACGGCGGUGCAGAUCCUGGACAUCAUCGUGGAUUGUGCGCGGGAAGUUAAUCUGCCUCCGUCAUUCCUGACCAGCUUAACCAAGGGCAUCAUUACCGACUGUCCCGAGGUCCAGUGCCUUAUUCGCUGUGCCGCCGUCCGUACUGGGCUGUACACCGAUAAGGACGGAGCGCUGCUCGCCAAUUUGCACCGUCAGCUAGACCCACCGGGAGAGGAUCUGGCCAGUUUCAGCCUGCGCCAGGGGAUGUGUUUGCAACGUAACCAACAGCCGCCGACGGCCGACUGCUGUACCCGUGCGUUCAAGCAGUUCUUCACCUGCCUGCGUCCCGAUUUUGAGCAGUUUUUCAUCAGAAACCGAGAGACCGUGAUGCAGCAUUUCUUGUAUAAAACGGACCAGCCUGCCGAAGGACAGGCAACCCCCGUGGUGCAGAACAAUGUGUUGGAUCCGUUCGGGGGCAAUAUGGGUAUGAUCUUAAGCUCGUACUAAUCGUAGUCACCCUCACGACUUAUCCGCUAAUUUAUCCGUUAGGCUUUGUAAAUAUACAAAUUUUGUCUGAGUUUAUAAUUAGAGCUGAUAACUUAAAUUCUUACUAGAUUUAUGUAGUGGGGAUGUUUUCGAAAAUGAAUAUUUUUUCUUAUUUAUUUAUCAACUAUUCCAACAACCACCUGCUUGCCUUGAGUAGAAAUAAAAAUUGGCAAUUAAAUGCUUAUUCCAAUAAACCAACUUUCUUCAAAUCCCAUCAUGUUAUAACUGUCAACGUGUUUCACACACAGCUGUCAGAAAUAUUUUACUUUAGCAUAUGACUGUAACCAAAUAGACAUCCUAACGGAAAAAGUGUCGAAAAAACCCCGUCAAAAGAACAAAAAAUUUACAUUUAAUGCAAACAAAACUCUGAAAUGUGGUUCUGUGCAGCGGGUGCAUCUUCCGGGAGCGGUUUAAAUCCUGCAUUUUUCGCCUUUGUUCCUCUCGCCCACUACCGGUACAGUGUGCCCAGCAACCAGACCCUUUGAAUACGUAAUCGGAACCCGGGAAAGCUGCUGCUUCUAGACUAACCGUCGGAAGCGGAUAAUGCACUUGCACGGCGCAAAGUAUGAGCCAAUGUGAAAAGCGACGGUAAGAUAUGCAAAGGCACACCAGGGGAACCACCCGGACGCCCAAAACGAGCGGCCGGUGCGAAUUGUGAGCGUAGCAAAGCUUCAACACAAUGUUGCUGUAGCCGUGCAGCGGGUGUAGCUCCACACCGGGGGGUUUUGAGCGCACUCAUACAAACAUACCGGUAAGAAAAUAAGCUGGGCAAGAAAGAAAGAAAAAAGUGCUUACAUUUACAUUUCAUUACACCGAGUGCUGCAAACCGAUCAUGGUGUGUACGGUAUGAGAGCAAAUAAGCUCGCUAACGAAAACUUUGCUACCUUUGCCUAAAAAUAACGAUGAAGAAAGAAACAAAGAGAAGAAAAAAAGAGAAAUACCCUUGAGCAUGCCGGCAUCUUCACAAUAGAGGUAUGAAUUCAAAACUGCUGCGAGGGCUAACGAAGUGCAUGAAGUAUGUCUCUGUGCGCAGAAAGGAUUCAUCGCUGAUAAGGGGCAAAGUAAUCUUGUUGCGAAAAUUUGAGUUCGUUUAACAGGUGUAAGGAUUUUACAGGUCAACAAUCUUUAUUAGUGAAUGGAACAUACUUUCAAUCUAUC